AAAAACCUUAAAUUCUUGUCUUUUUUAAUAAUUAUUAUUUUUGUUUUCUAAAAUGUAUUAUUGUCCAUGUAUGAGUGCGCCUGCGUGCAUCAAUAGAUUCCUCGUUAGGAAUGUUUCAAGAUUACCACCGUUUCUAGGGUUCUACCCUUUGACCAAAGAUUAGAUGGGUCGUACUAUUCACAAAGAGAAAGACGUUGAAUUUGACAUUGAAAGUGGUGAGAACACAAGCGAAGAGGAAACAAGCAAUGAUGAGAGAGAUUCAAGGAAUGGUUUUCCUUGGUCAUGGAAUGGGGUUCUGAAUUUAGAUGGAUCAGAAAAGGGUAAAAAUGGAAUUGAAUCGUGUAGUAAUUCUUCGAAUUCGGGUGAUUUUGUUGGUGUAGAGGAUUAUAAUUUAGAAUUGUUGGUGGAUAAAGGUUUAGAACAUGUUCAUGGAAAUCAUGGACAUCAUGGAAAACAUGGAAAACAGAAGAGUAUGUUUGGUAAUCCUAGAAAGCCUCAAAAGCCGCCUUUGCCUCCGAAAGGUCCGUCUUUGGAUGCUGGUGAUCACAGAUUUGUAAAGGAGUUAGCUGAACUUGCGUUGAGGAAGCGCGCGAGGGUUAAGAAAAUGAAUGCAGUUAAAAGGAUGAAAGCUGGCAAACCACCGUCGACGUCAUCGUAUACAAAUCUUUCUGCCAUGGUUAUCACUAUUGUUUUCUUCCUCGUCAUCAUACUCCACGCUAAGACUUUACUUGCAGGAAUCAGAUCUGCAAGUAGUGCAGCAGUUGGGUUAACAGCUUCCCCCGAGACUACGGUUGUAGCAGAUGAGAGUUUAAUUUCAAUUCAGUAUCCUGCGAACUUCAACUCCACUGACGGAAAUGGACCUGGUUCUCACUUUCCAAGUUUGCAGGAAGGAUGAAGUGGAAAUUUUGAAGAUUCUUUUCCUCUCAACGCCGGUUUAUUAGGUUAUUUUUCAUUAGUUUGAUUUGUAUCUGUUUUUGUACAGCCAUUAGGAACCUCAAUUAGUUGUCAAGUUUGCCUGUACAUUUACUUGUUUGGCAAUGCUUUAGAAAAAGGACUUCUGCCUAGAUUGUUUUGUCUUUGCUGACUUAACUUGUCGAUGGCAUUUUUUUUCUCCAUCCAUAUUGGUGAUGAUGACAUUGCUGAUUUCUCUUGGGUAUUGCAUGGUUUAGUUCUGAUUAAUUUUUAGGGGCGUAUUUUUUCUUAAAAUUUCUAUAGAUGAGUUUUUUAUUUU